UGGUCACGACGGGAACUGGGUGCUCGUGGACACGGAGCAGGCAGAUGCCGUGGUCUGGAUGGGGCCAGAGGGAGCCGGACAUAGACGCGACCGCCCGCAUCGCCACGACCCCUCCCGCGCGAUGCUCCCUUCCUGCGCAUGCUCAGUAGCAGCCGGGCAGCCCCGGCGGAAUCCUCCCGCGCAUGCUCAGUAGCAGCGGGGAAGCCGGAGCGGGUGGUGUCGUCCAGCCCCCUCGGGAGGAGGAGGUUGGGUUGUGACGUUUCUUUCGCUUCCGGGUGGUUGCCUAGCAGCGCUCAGCAUGUCCGCUCCGGGCCCGGCCGGCCCUAGCGCGGGGGCGGCGGGGGGCGCGGGGCGCGACGCGGCCCCCCCCGCCGCCCCCCCCGCCACCGAGGCCAGAGAGGUCCCAUUUGUCUCUGCCAAGAACAGUAAAAUCCCUGCACCACUCUCCUUUUCCUCUGCCCUUCGACCUCCGAGACUAACAGCCACUAAGAUUGUGGUCUACAGUCCUGCUGAUGCUUGCUCGCCUCUCUCUCAAGGGAGAAAUAAAACCAGUUCUGCAGUGGGUGGAGUCCAGGCGUUGGCAGAACGGAGCAGCCGGGAAGGAUCUGCUCAAAGGAUGCCUCGGCAACCAAGCACUAGCCGGCUACAGAAGACUGGGACUUCUGGAAAGAGCAGUGGUGGCAGCAGCACGUAGACAAACAUUGGGGCACUGUAAUGGCCUUUGUAAUGUUGUUCCACAAAAGCAAGCCAGCAGCUUGUCACGACAUGUAAAUAAUGACCCAUGCCCACAAACCUGCACCAAUAUUUUGUAUUUAUGAAUUUUAGAACAUAUUAGUGUUACAGAUCUUACAGAUGACCUCUGGAAAGAGUUGGUUCCCUUUUCCCCUUCUUUCCUUUGGAUAUGUUCGUUAAUAAAAUCCAUGAAAUUUUGGA